AUGGAGACGGAAUCACCUUCGGAUUUACCUACUAUUCUGGGGAGUAGAGCUUGUACGAAUUGUGCUCGAGUAAAAUGCAAAUGCAUUUAUCGGACCGACGGCGCCACUUGCGAAAGGUGCCACCGUCUUAAAAAACAGUGCAUACCAUCGGCUCCUGUUAGACGUCGCACAGCAAGGCGUCGCGGGGCUUCCAGGACAGCUAGACUUGAAGAAAGACUCGACGAGCUUGUGUCGCGUUUAAAAGCCCAACAAGGCAUUGGGGAUAAGGAGACGGAAAAUACAUCAAAUCAGCUCGGAGAGCAAGACCAACAUGAACCUGACACGGGGAUAUCGAUCGCCUCUUCGACUCCGGCGGCAGCUACCAAUAGUCUUGAGGGGAUGACUUUGAUCGGUGCGGGAAGCCCGCCGGACUCGAGCGUUUCUUACCUUGACGAGCCAUCCCCUUCGGAAGCUGAAGACCUGCUGAAAAAAUUCCGCCAAGAAACCAUAGCAAGUCAACUAUACCUAGGAUUCUUCCCAUUUAUAAACAUUCAUAUGACAUCUCAACAGCUGAGAGAGCUAUACCCCUUCCUAUGGUUGAACAUCAUGUGUAUAGCACAGACAUCACCGAAAGAACGACUCUCACUUGGCGACCAAGCAAGAAGUAUCGCAAUUCAGAAGGUCGUUGUUGACAGAGAGAAGAGCCUGGAUCUUCUACUGGGACUUCUUGCCUUCCGAUAUCGAAGAGACAAGCCAUACUGGACAUUAUUCUCGCAACUUAUUGUUACUUUAGUUUGCGAUUUGGGUCUUCACAUGCCACAGCCUGAAAGCACGCCAUUGCUCUGCUUUCUUGGUAAGGAAACCGAUUCGCGAAUAACAAAUCUUUUCAGAACGCCGACCCGUGAAGUACAACGGGCUGUCCUAGGCGCAUUUUUUCUUACUUCUAGGAUAUCAAAUAUCUUCAAACAUGCCCCCGGCCUCCGUUGGUCUUCUCAUCUUGACGGCUACCUCUCAAAUCUUGCCCAGGAAAGCCCAAUGCCCCAAGACGAGACUCUUAUCGCGCUUGUAAGGAUGCAACUAAUUAUAAACCAAAUAUACGAUGACUCUCAAGCCAGCGGUGGUGCUAGCCCCCCGACUCUUUAUAUCUCAGCUCUCCGAUCGCAGCUACACGAAAUAAUCAAGCGCGAAAAUCUUAGUGCCGUUGCCAGGAAUCAUCCGAUAACUUUAGAACUUUAUCACUUUACAGAACUUUUGAUCAAUGAAACCGCGAUAAUCAAACCUCCUACACCCUGGAAUGAGCCAGACAUACGGCGGUUCCAGGUCUAUCAGGCUUGUCUUACAUCAAUCCAAGCGUAUUUUGAUACAUUUUUCUCGAUGCCUUUCUCCCUAUUGGAAAGUGUGCCUUUCACCUGCUACCCUCAAGUCGUCCGUGUCAUGAAGAGUCUUCACAGGCUCACAACCAUUCAAGAUCCCGCCUGGGAUCGGGCCGCCGUUCGAAGAAGCAUUGACUUGAUUUCAACGUGCGACAAGAUAAUCGCUAUGCUUGAGUAUUUGAAGGCUUCGUCAACCUUAGCCUCGAGGGAUGGCAGCGAAGAUGAAUCGCAUAAUCGAGGUCUUGUUGUAUUUCGGAAGCUGAAAGAGGUUUGGCAGAAUGACCUUGAGCUUAUGGACGCAGAAAGCACGAAGGGUCGAGAAGAUACUAUUCCUAACAACGCUCCGAGUAGUGAGUUCGCAUCAUCUACGGUAUUUAUGGGUGAUCCUUGGUUCUCCAACAUAUGGAAUGAGGUUUGGGAAUAA